CGAUAGCCAACGCUUUCGAUAGUCCAACUCGGAAUUAGCAUUGUUUUGGUUUAUUCUUUGUUUUCGUUUUUACAAUUGUUGGUAAAUUGAAGUUAAACAAAUGGAGCAGCAACUGGAAAAAGUGUUGAGCGAAAUCUUAACACAACAAGACACCGUGGGUGCCUUAGUGGCGAAUCGGCAAGGCCUCUGCUUGGGCGCCAAGGGCAACAUUAAUCCCAACGUCUCUGGCAUUGGAAUGGCCAUAUCCGAGCAGGUGGCCAAGCUGGAGCCCAACAGCACUCUUCCGGCCACUGUUUGUCUGUACAGUGGCAAUAAGCGCUGUGUCAUACAAAAGGAUGGCGAUAUAACUGGCAUCAUUUAUAAACAAACAACACCAGCAACAGCAACAACAGCAGCAACAGCAUCGACAUCGGCCAAUAAUUAGCAAUGCGAUGCGAGUACAUACAUACAUACAUAGCUCGUACCUUAGGCCAACGUGAGACAAAUUUCUUCCAAAUGCGCUCGAGUAUUGUUUGCAGCAAUAGCCGGCGACAUUCGUAGCCGUUUAGCCGUUAAGAGCUGGCAGCGUUUGUGCACUUUUUGUUGAUUUGUUUUAAAUGGCGUUUAUUAUUUGUAUAUUUCCAUCUCUUACUAUUUUCUUUUAUCUUUUUUUUUUAUAUACAUAUAUAUGUAAAUGUAACGAAUAUAAUUAUGUUGCACUGCAUCGUAGUGAGUUAAGCAACAAGCGAUUAUAUGCUCGAAAAACUGAAAAGCUUAAUUCGAAACACUUUAGGCAGCAUUUGUGUAUAUAUACAUUUUGUACGAUUAAGCCUGAACAGUGAUCAAAGCAAAAUUACAAAUAUAAAGAUGAUCAUGUAGUAUCGCAAUAAUAUUAAUAACGUAAUAUUGCGAAAUGUAUGGAAAA